GUUAGCGCUCUUUUUCGAAAAUACGGAAGUGCAAAAUCAAAACAAAGUCUCGUUUCACAAUCUGUUGCUCAUGAAUCAGCAUGGAAUUUGAGUUUCCAAUUCCAGUUUCUCGUGAUGACUUGUUGAACAAAACUGGCAUAAACCAGUAUGUUGUAGACGAGGUUCUUUCACCAAGAGAAAUAGCUGGAGCUGUUCAAGAUGUUCGGACCUCAUUUAGAUCGAAAGGAGCUGAUUGCCUUCUGGAAUUCUUUGAUGGCUUCUUCAGCAUUUUGUGCUUACAAAAGGAUCUCGAUGUUGAAAUCAAAGAAGAUGCUUGGACUCACUUGUGUAAAAUUGCCGCGAGUUUGUCCACGAAACUGCCAGGGGUGCUUGAGGGGGAGAUGGAUCCUGGCACACGUAGACUGAACCUUAACCUGGUCAAGAUGACCUGCUACCUCAUGUGUCAGUACAUGGAGAUGUUUGAGUCAGAUGAAACCAAGCCCAGCACUCAACAGGUUAUUAACAAGAAUCGUAAGAAGAAGAAAUCAUCGACAAUGACAAUGGACUGGCAGCGAGAACGGGAGACUGGCCUAAAGUCAUUACUGAACCUCGUACAACUGAGCAUACACCGGCUCUGGGAUCCGCCAGUGGUUGAAGAGGAGUUCGUCAGUCUGGUGACAAACUGUUGCUACAAGAUGCUGGAAAACCCUGAGAUGACCCAUGCUGUGAACAAGGACACGAGGGACGCCAUCUGUCACAUUAUAGGAGUGAUGGUGAAGCGAUACAACCAUGGGCUAGGUGCCAGUCUGAAGAUUAUCCAGCUGCUACAACACUUUGAGCACCUUGUCAGCCCGCUAGCCACUGCAGUUAGUGUCUGUGUCCAAGACUACUCAUACAAGAGCAUUGUUGCUGAGCUUAUCAGAGAGAUAGGUCGAAUGGAUGGGUCCGACUUGGCCCGGGACUCAUCUGGUACACGAGCAUACUCUGUGUUUCUUGUUGAGAUGACCGAGAAAUGUCCGGCUGCUGUCCUGCCCAACAUCUCCCUUCUCUUAGGUCACCUAGAUGGAGAGUCGUACAUGAUGAGGAACGGAGUGCUGGCGGCUAUGGGGGAGAUACUGAUGAGGACGCUGAGUAAGGAAGGUCUGGAUGAUAAGAUGAAGGACACACGAGACCAGUUCUUGGAACACCUCGAGGACCAUCUCCAUGAUGUGCAUGCGUAUGUGCGCAGCAAGGUCCUGCAGAUCUGGUUCCAGAUCGUGGAGCAGAAAUGUCUGCCCCUUCCCCACCAAGAGAACCUCUUGAAACUGGUGAUUGGGAGACUGGAGGACAAAUCUUCCCAGGUCCGCAAAUAUGCCAUACAGCUCAUCACAACCCUGCUCAAGAAUAAUCCCUUUGCUGCCAAGCUCUCCCCUGAAGAACUCGAGAUCAGCUACCAGAAAGAGGUGGAAAAGCUGCAUGAGAUGGCCCCUGAUGAUGAGGAGGAAGAUAGACACGAUGCUUUCAAAGCGGAGGCUGAGGCAGAGUGGCUGGCUCUUGAGACAGAGUUGCGGCCCCUGAUUGAAGAGCAAGAGGAGGAGGAGGAGAACAGAGGCAGUCCUGUGAGUCUUGUGUCUGAACAGGAUACAGAGGACAGCAUCACGGAGAAGAUUUACAAGCUGCUUACAGACAAAGCACUGAAAGAUGCAGUACCACUUAUAGCUGCUGCAAGGGAGUCAUUUCCCCAAAUUGGACAGGAAAAACCCACAGAAGAAAGUGAAAAUGUUGCAGAAAAGACAAGAGAUGAUGAUGAUGAUGAUGAUGAAAUGGAGGAAGACGAGGAAAGUGGGAAGAAAGAUUCACCUGAAACAAGUGUGGACCUGCUGACUUGUCUCAAAAACAUCUUCGUGGAGAAGAAGCAUGCAAGCCAUGCUCUGUCUGCAGCAGAGGGCUUGGAGAGUCAGAAAGAUCCUAUAGUCGCCCAGGAGGUGGCAAAACAACAGGUCCUGGUACUCUACCUAAAGGAGUCGCUAGCAUUUGCCACUCAGCUACAGAAUGCUGUUCCAGUAAUCACCCUUCUGCUGGGCUCCAAGAACAUAACAGACGUCCUAGAAGCCAUCGAGUUCUUUGUGACCGGGUUUGAGUUUGGUCUUACCGUCACGAUGAUUGGUAUACGUCGGAUGUUACCACUGAUCUGGUCGAAGGAGUCAAAUGUGAAGGAAGCAGUGGUCGCAGCAUACAAGAGGCUGUAUUUAAAUCCUCAAGGAGCCAAUGCAAGGUUGAAUGCUCAAGCUAUUGUGAAGAACCUCUCAGCACUGACAAUGGGGGCCACACUGUGUGACGUCACUUCUCUAGAGGGGCUCAUUGUUCAGCUGGUGAAGUCAGGAGAACUAGGCCAGGGCGUUAUUCAGAUGUUAUGGGAGAGAUUUACCAUGAAAAUACCUGGAACCACGCCCGAUGAGAGCCGAGCCGCAGUCCAGCUGAUCUCUAUGGCAGCCGGUGCUGACAUUGCCGUUGUGAAGACCAACAUAGGUGUUCUUGUGAAGGAAGGCCUCGGACCUAGAGCUGACACCGACCUGCUCCUGGCUAGGGACUCUUGCCUGGCUCUGCUGAAACUGUGUACACCCAAAACUAUGAAAGGUGAUGUGGGUAGUGAGCCGUACCGACUGCCGGAAACUCAUGAGAUGUUCACGAGCUUGUCCAGAAUCCUCGUAAAGUCAGCUCCAGAUCUGGAGAAUCGCUACUGGAUACCGCUCAUGGAACAGGCUGUGAAUGUGAUCUACAAGUUGGCAGAGUGCCCGGACCAGAUCUGUGGAGAUCUCAUUAAGAAGCUGUGUACAGAGGGGAGUGUUCAGACUGAGGCUGUGUUGGAAAAGGAUGGGGGCACUGAAGAUAACAUGGAGGAGGGAAAUCCCCUUGACACCCUUGAAAAAGACCAAGAAGAGUCGAGCGCAUCAUUUGCCUCAGGUGUGUUAUCCCGUCUUUUGUCGCUGGUGGGGCACGUGGCUCUUCGUCAGCUUGUGCACCUUGAUCUGGCCGUGUUUGGCGAAAUGAAGAGACGUCGGGCUAUUCAAGAGCAGAAAGAGUGGAUCCAGACACCGGCCAGCAAACGACCAAAGGACUCGACCAACCAGGAGACUAUAGAGGAAGAGAUGGGUCUGGCUGGGGCGGCUGCCGAGGACGCAGAAUCCGAGUACAUCCGCAAGAUCUGUGAGACAGAGGUGGUCACUGGAAACACUCUGUUGUCUGCAUUCGGCCCACUCCUGGCAGCAAUUUGCUCCAAUCAGCAGAAAUACCCGGACCCUGAACUCCAAACAGCCGCUACCUUGGCACUCGCAAAGUUCAUGAUGGUCAGUUCGGAGUUUUGUGACGGGCACCUGCAGCUGUUGUUUACCAUGCUGGAGAAAUCAACAAGUCCUAUUAUCCGGGCGAACACCAUUGUUGCCAUGGGAGAUUUGUGUUUCAGAUUCCCCAAUCUGAUUGAACCAUGGACUCCACAUCUCUAUGCAAGACUGCGUGAUGAGUCGUCGGAAGUACGCAAGAACACGAUGCAGGUAUUGACACAUCUCAUCUUGAACGACAUGAUCAAGGUUAAAGGUCAGAUCAGUGAGAUGGCCAUCUGUAUCGUCGAUGGUAAUGAGAGGAUUGCCAGCCUGGCCAAGCUGUUCUUCAAUGAACUGGCAAAGAAGGGAAAUGCAGUCUACAAUAUUAUGCCAGACAUGAUCAGCAGACUCUCUGAUCCUGAUGUGGGCAUUGAUGAGGAAAACUUCAGGACAAUUAUGAAGUACCUGUUUGCGUUCAUCCAGAAGGACCGGCACUGUGAGAGCCUCGUGGAGAAACUCUGUCAUAGAUUCAGGGCAACAAGGGUUGACCGUCAGUGGCGAGACCUGUCAUUCUGUCUCUCCAUGCUGUCGUUCAGUGAGAAAUCUAUAGCUAAGCUGCAUGAGAACUUCCUGUGCUUCGCUGACAAACUCGCAGAUGAGGAAGUCUACAGCUGUUUCAGUACAAUUGUCACAAAGUCUCGAAGUUUUGCCAAGCAGGAGGCUAAAACCCUGAUUGAUGAGCUGGAAGGACGGAUUGAGUCAUGUCACAAGAAGGGCCUCAAUGAGGAUGAGUUGAUGGAGUGUGCAGGGGCCUCACCUAUAGCCAAAAAGGUGAAGACACCGCGAAGGCCGACCAAGACACCUGCCAAGGGGAAAGCCAAGAAGGGUGGAAGAAGGCGUGUUGACAGUUCUGACGAAGAGCUGGAUGCAGAAAACCUUACACCUGUACCUCGCACCCAGAAAACACGAGGGGCAAAGAAAAAAACAGCCAGACCAACAUUCAGCGACAGUGAUGAUUCUGAUAUCGAGCUGUUUGAAGUUGAUAAAUCAUCGAAAAAAAAGAAAGGUGUGAAACAGAAAGAGAACUUUGUCGAUGAAGAUUCGGAUUCCGAUCCCCCUUCACCCCCUAAACAGCCGUCCAAGGGCCGUAACAAGCGCCGUCUGACGUCACUUCAUUCCCCACUGAGUCUCAGUAACACACCAGUAUAGACGUGUUACUGUUGUGUGUUGUUCAGAUUGAGGACGAUGAUCAAUUAUAUUUGCACUAGGGCUUAUGGAAAUACUGUACAUGGUUCCUGGUUGUAGUUGCACUUGCAGUACCUUGAGUCUAGCAACAGGCUCAUUGUUAUAUAGUUUUCCAUGAUAGAUAUCUUUCUUUAACCUUAUGAUUUUUUUUUGAAACAAUGUAAGUAAGUUAACCAAACAUUCAGAAUGUGUUUUACAUUUUCCAUGUAUAUUUUUUAUUUCAUUAAAAAAAUAGCUCAAAAGCGUGUUGGUAGUAAGGCACCAGUUUCCAUGAUUAAUAUGUGUAUAUGUAAUAUAUAUUUAAUGUGUUUUUAUUUUUUCACUGUGUAAUGUUGGAUCUUGUCUUUAUUUCUUUAAUUUUUCAGCAGCAAACAGAUACACAAUUGAAAGUUACUUUCUCAGGAAUAUUGAUGGUUACCUAAACUAUAUUAAUAUUGCUGCUUUAAUUGUGAAGAAAAUGCGAAAAGAUGUCAAACAUUAUGUACAUGUAUGUGUAUAAUUUACUUUAAAAAAAGCUACCAGAAUGUAUUUCCUUGAAAAUAAUACUUGUGUCAUUGACAGUAAAAUAAAAUAUUUGUAACCAUU